GAGAGAAGGAGAUGGGGAGAUGCAAGAGCAGCUCCUCCACCCCAUGGGGCAGCAGAGGGUGAGGGGCUGCCCCACCCAGCAGCCAGAGGGGGAUUCUUUUACCACAAAUAAUCAGUGAUGCUUUGGGGGUAGGUGGAGACUUUGCCUAAGGCCUCAGAAGCUACAAGGCAAAUAUCCAGAAACACCGCCCCCCGCACCCCCCCCCGCUCCCACACCCCCUGCUCCCGGUGUAUUAUGUUCAGACCCACUCAUGAUUUUGGGGUCUUUCUCCUGAGUGUUGGGGGCUGCCCAGGGCCCUGGUCUGAUUUCUGGGCAGGUUUCACAUCUCAGCCACACCGGUGUCCCACCGGAGUCAAUGCUCACUCUGCCAGGGGGUCAGGGGCGGCUCUAUGUGUUUUGCCACCCCAAGCAUGGCAGUCAGGCUGCUUUCUGCGCGCCGGCAGGAGAUCCGGCUGGCAACGCAGAUUCGGCAGCAUGCCUGUGGGAGGUCCGCCGAUCCCGUGGCUUCGGCGUACCCACCGCCGAAUUGCCGCUAAAGCCGUGGGACCGGCGGACCUCCCGCAGACAUGCCGCCGAAGUCUCCCUGACUGCCGCUCUCACAGCGACCAGCACACUGCCCCCACGGCUUGCCGCCCCAGGGAUGAGCUGGUGCCUGGAGCCGUCCCUGCAGGGGAUGAGUGCGGAUGGGACAGUGGGAUCAGCCUCUGCCUGUCCCUGGGGGCUGCAGGGGCAGGACAGGGAAGCUCAGGCACUAGCUGCUGACAGUAGAGGGCUCCGGUUAUUCCUAAGGGAGCAGAGGAGGCUGGUGCAUGUCUCUCUCUGCUCCUGAUAUUAGAGCCCUUGAGUUGAGCUGCCUGGGUCAGUUACUGCUGCCUCCUCUGCCUGAGAGCCCAGACUGUGACACUGCUGCUCCCCAGCUGGGGCUGUGCCAGGGACAGACCUUCAUGAACCCCCCACUCUGUGCCCAGCCCAGGUGGGCACUUUUGCUGGACCUGGAACUAGCCCCCUGGUUCAGCCCCAGGCUUUGCUGACACCAACUCCUGAGUCAGAGACCUUCAGGUGAUGGGGAAAGAUCUGGGGCCGGGCAGGAGAGUGACUCUGCACAAAGGGUCCCUUUCAGGGACCAGCUGAUCGUCCCCUCUUCCAGGGGACAGGGAAGGAUGUGAUGGAGCCAGCUCAGAUGCCGGUGACCUUCGAGGAGGUGGCUGUGUAUUUCACCCAGGGGCAGGGUGCUCUGCUGGACCCCGCCCAGAGAGUCCUCUACAGGGACGUCAUGCAGGAGAACUAUGAGACAGUGACCUCACUGGGAUUCCCCCUUCCCAAACCUGACCUGAUCGCCCGGCUGGAACAAGGGGAAGAGCCGUGGGUCCCGGAUCUCCAGACCACCAAGGAAAGGGAGAGCCCGAGAGGCACCUGCAUAGCAGAUGAUGGGACUGUGAGUGAGAACAAGGAGGAGAAUCAACAGCAGGAAGGUCCUGAGAAAGUGAAACCACAGGAGAUGUUUUUGAGACGAGCUGAAGGGCAUUUUUCCCAGUGUUUGGAACAGGGAGAGGUCUGGGCAGAUCGACACAGAUCAGAGAUGCAGCCGGGAAACUACCUCAUGAAAAAACUGGAUGAAUCCAUUCCAUGUGGCGGAGGAUGCAAGGAUCCCAAGGAAGUCACAGACCAGCAGACAAGUCACAAUAAAGAGAAACCCUACAAAUGUGUUGACUGUGGGAUAAGUUUUAGCAAAAGUUCUUCCCUUAUUCAACAUGGGCGAAUCCACACGGGAGAGAGACCCUAUAAAUGCACUGAGUGUGGGAAAGGUUUUAUUGAAAGUUCAUCCCUUACUAAACAUGAAAGAAUCCACAGAGGAGAAAGACCAUAUAAAUGCCCUGAGUGUGGGAAAAGUUUCAGUGUGAAAUCAACCCUUAAUACACAUGAGAAAGCCCACACGGGAGAGAAACCCCAUAAAUGCCUGGACUGUGGGAAAACGUUUGGGCAGAACUCAUACCUUAUCGAACAUAGGAGAAUCCACACAGGAGAGAGACCAUAUAAAUGCCUUUACUGUGGGAAAGCUUUUAGUCAGCGCUCACACAUUAUUAAGCAUCAGAGAAUUCACACAGGUGACAAACCCUAUAAAUGCCUCAAUUGUGGGCAAAGUUUUGUUGACAGAACGAAACUUAAAAAUCAUCAGAAAAUCCACACAGGGGAGAAACCCCAUAAAUGCUUAGACUGUGGGAAAAGCUUCAUUCAGAAGUCACAACUCACUAUACACCAGAGAGUACACACAGGAGAGAGACCAUAUAAAUGCCUUGAGUGUGGGAAAAGUUUUAGUCAGAGCUCAAAACUUAUUACACAUCAGCGAACCCACACAGGAGAGAGACCUUAUAAAUGCCUUGAGUGUGGGAAAAGUUUUAUGGAAAGUUCAUCCCUUAUUAGACAUGGGCGAAUCCACACAGGAGAAAGUGCCUAUAAAUGCCCUGAAUGUGAGAAAAAUUUUACGGAAAAUCGAUCUCUCAUUAAACAUAGGAGAAUACACACGGGAGAAAGACCCUAUAAAUGCCUUGAGUGUGGGAAAGGUUUUAUUGAAAGUUCAUCCCUUACUAAACAUGGAAAAAUCCACACAGGAGAAAGACCCUAUAAAUGUCUUGAGUGUGGGAAAACUUUCAGUAUGAAAUCAGCCCUUAAUAUACAUCAGAAAACCCACACAGGAGAGAAACCCCAUACAUGCUUGGACUGUGGGAAAACUUUCAGUCAGAUCUCAUACCUUAUUAAACAUGGGAGAACCCACACUGGAGAGAGACCUUAUAAAUGCCCGGACUGUGGGAAAACCUUCAGUCAGCGCUCAUACCUUAUUAAACAUGGGAGAAUCCACACAGGACAAAGACCCCAUAAAUGCCUUGACUGUGAGAAAGUUUUCAGUGAGCGAUCAGCCCUUAUUAGACAUGAGAGAACUCACAUGGAAGAGAAACCCCAUAAAUGCUUGGACUGUGGGAAGAGCUUCAUUCAGACAUCACAACUUCUUAUACACCAGAGAGUGCACACAGGAGAGAGACCCUUUAAAUGCUGUGAGUGUGGGGAAAGUUUUAUUCAGAACUCAAAGCUUACUACACAUCAGCAAAUCCACACAGGAGAGAGACCGUAUAAAUGCCUUGAGUGUGGGAAAGGUUUUAGUCAGAGUUCAACGCUUAUUACACAUCAGCGAACCCACACAGGAGAGAGACCCUAUGGAUGCCUUGAGUGUGGAAAAGGUUUUAUCGCAAGUUCAGCCCUUACUAAACAUAGGAGAACUCACACAGGAGAAAGACCCUAUGAAUGCCUCGAGUGUGGGAAAAGUUUCAGUGUGAAAUCAGCCCUUAAUAUGCAUCAGAAAACCCACACAGGAGAGAAACCCCAUACAUGCUUGGACUGUGGGAAAAGUUUUAGUCAGCGCUCACACCUUACUAAACAUGGGAAAAUCCACAUGGGAGAGAGACCUUAUAAAUGCCUUGACUGGGGGGAAAGCUUCAGUAAGAGCUCAGAGCUUACCAAACAUGAGAGCAUUCACAAGAGUGAGAGACCCUAAAAACAGCUUGACUGCAGGAAAAGAUUCAAUUUUACCUCACACAUCCACAUAACAGCGAGACCUUGAAUCUGGAGAAAGUUUCAUUUGGUGCUUCCGGAGUAUCAGGCAUUCACAAAUCCACAUAAGGUAGAAACGUCUGAGAUGUCCUCAAUGUGGAAAAGAUGCCAAGAGGAACUAACUCCAUACUGUACAUCAGAAACUCCUAUGCACAGCAGAGAAACAGUGCCCUGAUAGAGGGUGACCAUAGUGAAAAAUCCAUUCUCUUGUUCUCACACACAUCAAGGACGUUUGGCUCCCAAUUAUCCUGCUGCCCAUUGCAGGAGUGAAGAUAAAGCAGCAGCCGAGCAUCUGCUGGUCAGUGACCCUCUGGCUCUUUCUGGUCUAAGCAAACCCCAGGCAGAGGAGGAGAAGUCCCCAACAGCCCCUCCUCCCCGCUGCAUCCCUGGCUGCUGAGCUGAUGGGCCACAGGUGAGGGAAGGGAGAGAGAGAAACUUCUCCAGAUGCCCCCUCUGCCUGGCUGAAGUCCCCCUCUCCCUUCCCCUCCCAGCUGGGAUCCCCCUGCCAUGGAGAUGAGGACACUUGGGCCAGGCCCCACCUUCACUCUACACACCUGUCACCACCCCCCAUCUUCCACCAGCCCCUGGGCUGGGCUCCCCCAGUGAUCUGAGGCUGUUCCCUGCAGGGUGAGUGUCCCUGGGGGCUGGUAACUCCUCCCCUCCACAAAUCCCCCAGGGCGCUGGGCUCUGGGGGAAUCAACCCUUAAGGCACCAGGCGCUGGGUUGUGGGGUGGAAACUGGGGAUUGAAUGGCUGGGGCUGGGGGAGCUGGGAAGCAGGGGGAGCUGGGUGCUGGGGCUAUUGACUGUUUGGGGACGAUGGGAUAAGAGGCGAGGGAGAGCACAGGGGUAGCAAGGUGCUGCCUCAUCACUCACCCCCUCUGCCCCUUCUCCCUGCCCCCGCUGCAUUCAGACAGCACCAUUAGCAGAGACUAAUUUCCACAGGGCCUUUUGUUGGAAGCCUGGAUUUCUUACCUCGGCUACAGCAGCAUCAGCCUCUGAGAGGGAAGCAGCAUUGCCUAGUGGAUAGAGCACUGGCCUGGGACUCAGGAGACCUAAGCUCUGUUCCUAAUGCUGGCAGCAGCUUGCGGGAUGACCUGAGAUAAAUGUGUGCCUUCCCCAGUG